CUGCGGAGAUCGAGCGAGUCCUCCUCCUAUCAUAGUGAUUGAUUGUGAUCUCCGGUUGAUUAUUUGCGACAUUGAAUAAUUAGCAUCAAAGAUGUCUCGUUCGACCUUCCUGCUGAUUUUCAAGUUUUUAGCUCUGUUGGUCGUCAACAUCGAUGCACAAUACCAGCGAAGACAAUACUGCGAGGCUGACGGCCAACAAGGCACGUGUAUAAUUGCCCGCGAUUGUCAGAUGGUGGCGACCCUCCUGCAACAAUCUCGCGAGCAAGCCAUCUAUUAUCUAAGACGAAACCACUGCGGCUUCGAGGGCUCGAAUCCGUUGGUGUGCUGCAUUAGCGGUGGUAACACGGUCAACACUCGUCCGGACGACACCAGAACAAACCCCGGUACCAAUCCGAACCCGGACUCGUUGCCCUCUCCGCAGGACGGGGACGGCUCCACGAUCGAUCUGAACGAUAAUCCUUACCUGCCGAAUCCCUGCGGUCGCGACUUGUCGCGGAGGCUCCUCGGCGGCGAGAAAACCGAUCUCGACGAGUUCCCUUGGAUGGCGCUCUUGGAAUAUCAGAAACCUAACGGCAAAACAACGGCUUGUGGCGGUGUACUCAUCAGCAAGCGCUAUAUCCUCACCGCCGCCCAUUGCAUCAAGGGCAAAGAUCUGCCGGUCACCUGGAGGUUGGUCAGCGUUCGGCUCGGCGAGUACGACACCGACACCGAGCGAGACUGCAUCAAGGACGGAGAAUUCAGCGUGACAUGCGCCGACGAUACCGUCACCGUGGGUGUCGAGGAGCAGAUUGCCCACGAAGAUUAUUUGCCGACGUCCAGGGACCAACGUAAUGACAUCGCACUGCUGCGUCUCAGCCGUGACGUUACAUUCACCACGUACAUUAAGCCCAUCUGUCUACCAACCAACACGACCGUUAGCAACAAACUCGUCGUGGCUGGCUGGGGCAAGACGGAGGUCCUCUCGGCUUCCAACAUCAAGCUGAAACUGGAAUUGCCAUUGACGAACAAGCAACAGUGCGAUCAGACCUAUAGCGCCGCCGGCGUCAGGCUGGGCUUCGGGCAGAUCUGCGCGGGCGGUAAGCGCGGUAAGGACUCGUGCAGAGGCGACUCAGGUGGUCCUUUGAUGGCCGUUGAGAGGCUGACCGACGGGACCGGCAGGUGGACCGCUAUGGGCGUAGUGUCCUUUGGCCCGUCGCCCUGCGGCAUGGAGGGCUGGCCCGGUGUGUACACCAAGGUCGCGGACUUCGUCCCUUGGAUUCUUAGUAAAUUAAGAGCCUCGGACGCUGAAUGUGACUAUUGCUUCUUACGAGAGUAUCUUUUUGAGAUUGCUGAAAAGUUACGCGCAGUAAUACCAGAAAUAGCUAUGACGUCCAUCGGUUUGCUCUUCUUGUUCCUCGUUCUGAGGGUAAUCAGUGCGCAAAAUACGUGCGCAGAUAGACGCGCCGAAUGCAUUAAUAUCCGUCGCUGUCAGCGCGUGAUAGAUAUCCUAAAGGGUCCAAGACCGCUGCCGCAGGAAACGUUGGACACCCUCAGGAACUCGCAAUGCGGUUUCGAAGGAAAUGAUCCGAAGGUCUGCUGUAUAAGUCAGAGUGCGACCUCAACGGAGGCAGCGAUACCGACGCCAGAGACGACGACGGAAACGUUGGUGCAGACCGAGGACGUCUCUCCUCCUCCGGACGUGACGAAUCACGCGAAUUUGCGUCUUCUGGAUCACCAGACGUGCGGGCCCAUGCCCAUGGACAGAGUAAUCGGCGGCAAUAAAACGAGGAUUUUCGAAUACCCGUGGAUGGCAUUGAUCGCGUACGACACCGGAAGAGGCACGGAGUUCCGUUGCGGUGGCACGAUUAUUUCCCAGCGGUAUAUCCUCACAGCCGCCCAUUGUGUCACAAUGCUACCGGACAAUCUCUCGCUGAUAGGAGUCAGGGUGGGCGAUCACGACAUAAGCAAGGAGCGCGACUGCGACAGGGACAUAAACGGACUUGAAAUCGUGUGCUCUGAGAAAUAUCAAGAUUUUGGUAUCGAAAGUGUUCACUCCCAUUCGGAAUAUAAUAGAACGAAGCUGCAAAAUGACAUCGCGCUCAUCAGGCUGAACAGAACCGUGGACUUCAGGCCUUACAGCGUCAGGCCUAUUUGUUUGCCUUUCGGUACAGCGACGGCACUGGCUCAGAAAAAGGCUACAGUGACAGGUUGGGGCGCAACGGAGUUUGGUCCGCGCAGCGAGAGCCUCCUGCAGGCGUUGUUGCCAAUAAUGACUAACGAGGAUUGUGCCAAGGCUUUCAGCAAUUCCGUGUCGAUUUGGUACAAGCAAAUGUGUGCUGGCGGGUUGACCAUGGUAGACUCUUGCAUGGGCGACAGUGGAGGACCCCUUCAAGCACCUGCUAUAUACAACGCCCCCGGUAUACGCAACAAGAUACGUUUUGUUCAAUACGGUGUGGUCAGCUACGGUCUCAAGCAGUGCGGCACCACUAAUGUUCCCGGAGUAUAUACCAGAGUCGCCUACUACAUGGAUUGGAUCCUGAAUAUCAUAACGGACUAA